AUGGAUAGUCUGCGUCUGAACCCAAAUAUCCGGACACUAAUGCAGUUCUGGGGCGAAGACAUGGAGUGUAAAGAGUAUAUAACGGAUAAUCGUAAUGGAGGACCCGAAAAUACGGACCCAUUGGUUGCCUUCAAGACACUUAUCUGGUCUGCAAUAAUCGCACCAAUUAUUGCCAAUGCAUUGAUGCCUGAGAGUAUGGGAUCAGCUUUGGUGGCCGACUGUGCCUUCCGGUGCGACUUAUGGACCAGAACGAUCAGUUCCUCAAAAGCGCGAAGAAUCGUACGGGAAGUGCGACCAAUUGGACGAAUGCGUUGUCGACAACUCGUAUUGCGAGCCAAUAGUGGAGGAAUGUAUCGGUGGUUCCGGAUAUGUGUCGGACGCACACAAACAGCGGUGUCUUAUGGGUCGGGCAAUCGGACACUGACCGGCAAUUACGGCAAUAUAUUGCCAGUUGAUUGGAGCAAAACCUACGCCCGAAGUCUGCACUUACCGGCGCUUAACAUAAACGCCUCGCAAAUGCGUGCGACAAACGCGGCCAACAAUAACCCGAACGCCGAUCUCUUCGACCCGACUUGUGAUGAGGAAGAGUUGGCCAAUAAGUUGGACAUGCAUUCGCUGAUUCUGGCGAGUCUACAACAGGAACCGAUCUUCACGGCAGAACAGGUGCUCGAAGAGAUCGACGAGAUUAUGAUGAAUGAGUCGGAGUCGACGUCCAGCGGGUGUACCGUUUCGGACACCGCGUCCACCGACAAGUCGCCCACCAGUGGUGGCAAAGCGGCCGACGAUAAGCACUCGAUAGCGGCCCUCCUCUACGAAAAGAAGCUGAAGACCUACUCAUCGGUUCAGUUGAACGAGUUGUACGUCGAGUUGGAGCGUACGAUACAACACAACUCCGGGACACUGAUCAAUGAGUUGGCGCCCAGGGAUGAGUUCGAGAUGGAGCUGAAGAAUACGUUCAUCUCGUUGUUGUUGAGCGUCCAGAAUAAGCGCCGACAGCACACAUCGACCGCAAACGGGGCCGCACUCUGGAGCGCAAUCAUACAGUACAACACGGGUCGCGGACAGCCAAUAGUGGCCACUCUUCAGAUACUCAUCAAAAUAUUGCGUGCCAUCAAUGAGGACAGCCCUACUGUGCCCACACUUCUCACCGAUUAUUUACUGAAAUGGUCAGCUCCAGACCCGACGGGUCCCACAUCCGACAGCAGUGAACACCCGUCGGUAGUCAACAAUUUCAUGUGUAAUAACUAUGAUUGCGAUCUGAUUCAGUGUAAAAGUUCCCAAGAGGGCACUUUCUUCAACGGUUUUAGACGCACGCACUCCUCCCGGUGCCGCAAUCAGGCCGCCCUUGAGAUACAGCAGUUUAUGAGGCAAUCCAAGAAUAAAUUACAGAGACAACAUGCUUUAGCUCCCGAUGAAAGGAUUGCAACACAAGAAGUGCUUACCAUAAGAGCUCAAACACAACAAUCUAUUAAUUGA